CAAACGCACGUGAUAUAAAUACGCUCUUUUUAAAUAAAUACAUUCAGAGUUUCAUCAUGCAUGCGUUCAGGAUCUGGCGUUUGCUGUGUGUGCUCGGCUUCAUGAGUGCAUCUUUGUGUGUGAAUGAAGCUGAUUAUGAAGGAAACUACGCAGAUAACUAUGACAACGAGAUCUCUCCAGACCAACAGGAGGCUGGGAGUCCAACCACACCAUGCCAGGCUGCUGAAUUUUCUCGCUGGGACAAGCUUUUCAUUGCUCUGGAGGACUCCCACAUGAGGCAGAACAUGCUGCUGGAGUCUCUGGAGCAGUGCUGUGGAGGAAUGGUCUCUCUCAGGACACAGGUGGACACGCUGACUAAGGGGACAUGCCAGCAGUGUCUACCCAGCCUGGAGUCGGCAUGCAGGGCGCAAUCAGAGCAGGCGACUGUCAGGCUGCAAAAAGGUUUGCUGGAGCUGCGUCAGGAGGAGGCAGACAGGGCGAGGAGGUUCAACGCAACCUUGCACCAGCUUCUGCACAGUAGCCAUGAGGGGAAUAUCCGGCUGAAACGGUUGGAGGAAGGUGGAGGUCACAGAGUGGUGUCAGCAGGAGCAGCAGACAGCGGGAUGGGGCCCCAUGCAACACCAAGACCUGGAGGUUUAGGGACACCAUUUAGCCAUGGGAUGAAGCCAUUCACAUCCGGCCUGAAGGAGCAGGAGGUGACUUCACCGAUGGACAUGGCCACGAUGGAAAGGGCCCUGGUUACCAUAGCAACAGAGCUGCAGAAGGUUUACCUGCAGCUGAGCAGAGUGAUCGAGCAGGCAGGCACAGGCACAAUGAGGAAGGGCAGAGGAGACACAUGAAUUGCCCAGAGGGGAAAAAUAAUAAAAGAUUGACUGGGUACACUCCAGUGAUAAUGAUUUUGCACAUACUCUGUUUGUAAUACUGUUUUUUUUAUGUUAGCUUGUUUUUGUCUGGAAACAAUGAAUUUAAACGAACCAUAAAUGUUGUGGG